AUGGUUAGGCCUGAGUAUUCUUCCCCCCCUGAUAUUUUUUAUAACGAAGAUGAAGCCAAAAAAUAUGUAAGAAAUUCGAGAAUAAGGGAUAUUCAGUCUCAAAUGACUGAACGAGCAGUUGAACUGCUUGUGCUUCCAGAUAAUCCAUGCUUACUGUUAGACAUUGGAUGUGGCUCAGGAAUAAGCGGAAUGACUCUGAAUGAAUUCGAUCAUUUUUGGAUAGGAAUAGACAUUAGCAUUCAUAUGAUAAAAGCAGGUUUGCAGAAUGAAGCCCAUCACGGAGGGGAUAUGAUUUUAGCAGACAUGGGAAAAUUAAUGAGGUUCCAAUCGUGUAUUUUUGACGGAGUGGUCAGCAUAUCUGCUCUGCAGUGGUUAUGCAAUUGGGACAAAAAGGAUGAAAAUCCAAAAUUGAGAAUUAGCACAUUCUUUAAGUGGUUAUAUAACUGCAUGAAAAGAGGAGCCAGAGCGGUGUUUCAAUUUUAUCCAGACUCGGCAGAACAAAUUGAGACCCUAACAAGCUUUGCUAUGAAAGCGGGUUUUGGUGGCGGUGUUGUUGUUGAUUAUCCAAAUUCGGCUAAAUCGAAAAAGUACUAUUUGUGCUUAUGGACAGGAUCUGCGGUUGUUUCCCAUCUUCCGGAGCCCUUGGAACAUGAGGAAGAAAAUUAUAAUUCGAACACAGCGAGGAGAAAUAAUAAGGGAACUAAAAAGAAAAUAAAAAAAAAUAAGGAGUGGAUUUUGAAGAAAAAGAAUCAGAGAAGAAUGAAAGGGCUCGAUGUGAAGAGGGAUAGCAAAUAUACUGGAAGGAAGAGGAAAGGGAAGUUUUGA